AUGUCCUCUUUCCUGUUCAUCAUCCCUCCUUUGCUCUCUCCUUGUCACUUUCUCUCUCAGAUUUCAUUUCCUAGAAUCUUGGAGCCAUUUAAGAAUCCCCAGGGGUAAUCAGAGAUGCUAAUUAAGCCAUACAGGCCCAAUUAACCCUAACACUAUUAUGUAUUCAUUGGAUCUGUUGGCAAUAGAAGUUGGAUUAUAGUCAUUGAAGAGAGCCAGAUGGGUGGAGUCCUUUUCCCCAGAAUAUCAGUGUCCCAGAACUCCCUUCUUAUUGUUCCCAGAGAACCUCAGAACAGGAAUGGUAUACUACAUAGACAGGGACAGCAGAGAUGUCCCAAGGGCAGAGGCUGCAGAGAAGAUUCUUGCACCAUCAGAAAGGAAAUUCUUGUAGGCCCUAACUGCCUCCUUGAGCCUUACCCAACUAACCCUAAAUGAGUGGGCAAAGGGGAGGCAGGAGCCCUAGAUGGAGUGCCACAAUAAGUGCUUUUUAGCAUCAUUCGUUCAUUUAACAAAUAUCUACCAAGCACCUCCUAAAUGUGUUCCAAAUUGUUUCAUAUUCCCCUGUCAGGACGGACACUAUGGAAUCCCAUUUAACCAUAUUUGGACUAGCAUUUCCAACAUAUGGCUCCCUAACUUUAUACUACUAUUUGUACAACCAAUAUGGAGCACCUACAACAUGCUGAGUGCCGGUCAAGGUAUUGGGGAUAUAGUGGUGAACAACACUGACAAGUUCCUGCCCUUGUGGAAUUUACAAGUUCUUGCCCUUGUGGAAGGCGAACAGUAAACAAAGAAGCAAAUAAAUUAGCAAGAUAAUUUCUGUGUGCGAUAAGUACUAUGAAGGGAACAAAGGAGAGUGCUGUUGCAAAGGAGGGGGGCUACUUUAGGAGAGAAUGAUCAGGGAAGGUCUCUUGAAGAAGCUGACAUUUCAGCUUAGGCAAAGAAGUCAGCUCUGCCAAGAAGGGAAAGGAUGUUCUAGGCAGAGAGAACGUAAGUCUCAUGGCCCUGAGCAGGGAAGAACUUGGCUUAAGGAACAGAAAGGAGGGCAGUGAGAUUAGAAGAAGGCAGUAUGUGGAGGGGAGAGUAGAACAAGAGGAGGACAGGGAGAGGCAGGGGCCCCAUCAUGUGGUUCUUGGGGUAGAGUUUUGACUCCUCCACUUACCACCUGCCUUGGGAAGUCCCAACCUCUUCAAACUCCAGUUUCUUCGUGUGUGGAAUGGCUCUACCAGUAAUUUCUUAUCUCAUGGGAUUUGAUUAUAAUUGUUAGUGCAGUGAGAACUACCAUUUCUUGUAGGCCUUCUAUAUGCAGGUGUUACACUGGUACUUUUCAUACAGGAUUUAACUUCAUACUCACAACUGUGACAGAUAGGUAUCAUUCUUCCCAUUUUACAGAUAUAAUUUGUCCAAAUCACACAGCAGUAUCAGAUGUAAGGAUGGGACCCAGAUAUGACUAACCCUAGUUUUGCUUGACUCCUAGACAGUGCUAUACUAUACUAAUGUAAGAUAUAACUGUUAUUGCUGUUAUUGAAUCUUCAAGCCAAGUUGCCCUCUGCGACUUGGCCCUUGUUGUCAGUGGUCAGCAUGAUCCGCGUGAGGGUCCCUGGGUCCCAAGGCUGUAAGUUAGGGCUCCCUAAACACUGGUAAUCUAGCAGGGUAUAAGGAAAAACCUGAAACUGAGACUCCUGCACUCAGCUCAACCCUCCUAGAACUGGGAGGCCAGACGGAUAGAUGUUCAGAGACUUCUCCUACCUCCUUCCAGUCGCGCGCCAGCCUGGGGUCCCCGCCCUUCCCCAAUAGAGCUCUGCGGGACUCAGGCGAGGCGGGGCCAGGGCUGGGGACACGGCCAGAGCUGGUUCUGUGUCGCGCGUCAAAAGCGCUAGAGGUCGUUGAGGGGCGUGGGUGCUUCGGGAAGUGGGCGGCUGAGUAGUGCUGAGGACCGAGGCCCGAGGCGGAGGCGGAGCAAGAUGGGAUCGUGGCCGGGGAGGCGUGCCACAGCCGCUGUGGGAACGGCCGGAAAGAGUUACCCUUGGAAGCAGAGGUCCAGGCAGAGGUAUUACCAAGUCAUCUUUGUGACCCUCCUUCAGAAUAAAAGAAAGAUGGCCAAGGAGAGGGGCCAAAUAAGCCCCAGUGAUUUUGCCCAGCUGCAGAAGUACAUGGAAUACUCCACCCAAAAGGUCAGUGAUGUCCUAAAGCUCUUUGAGGAUGGUGAAAUGGCUGAAUAUCUCCAAGGAGAUGCCAUUGGGUACAAGGGAUUCCAGCAAUUUUUGAAAGUCUAUCUGGAAGCAGAUAAUGUUCCCAAUCACCUAAGUCUGGCACUGUUUGAAUCCUUCAAGACGGGUCACUGUUUAGAAGACACUGUGAAAAAUGAUCUGGUAUGUCUCAGUGAUGUCUCCUGCUACUUUUCCCUUCUGGAGGGUGGCCGGCCAGAAGACAAGCUAGAAUUCACCUUCAAGCUGUACGACACGGACAGAAAUGGGAUCCUGGACAGCUCAGAAGUGGACAGAAUCAUCAUACAGAUGAUGCGAGUAGCUGAAUACCUGGAUUGGGAUGUGUCUGAGCUGAGGCCGAUUCUUCAGGAGAUGAUGAAAGAGAUUGACUAUGAUGGCAGCGGCUCUGUCUCCCUAGCUGAGUGGCUCCGGGCUGGGGCCACCACCGUGCCACUGCUAGUGCUACUGGGUCUGGAGAUGACUCUGAAGGACAAUGGGCAACACAUGUGGAGACCCAAGAGGUUCCCCCGACCAGUCUACUGCAACCUGUGCGAGUCAAGCAUUGGUCUUGGCAAACAGGGGUUGAGCUGUAACCUCUGUAAGUACGUCGUUCAUGACCAGUGUGCCAUGAAGGCCUUGCCUUGUGAAGUCAGCACCUAUGCCAAGUCCCGGAAGGACAUUGGUGUCCAAUCACAUGUGUGGGUGAGAGGAGGCUGUGAGUCUGGCCGAUGUGACCGCUGUCAGAAAAAGAUCCGCAUUUACCACAGUCUGGUCGGACUGCAUUGUGUGUGGUGCCACCUAGAGAUUCAUGAUGACUGCCUGCAAACCAUGGGUCAUGAGUGUGACUGUGGGCUGCUCCGGGAUCACAUCCUGCCUCCAUCGUCCAUCUAUCCCAGCGUCCUGGCCUCUGGACAGGAGCGUAAAAUUAACAAAGCAAGCCAGAAGACCACAGAUGAUUUAAGUUUGAGCACCUUUGAGGCUCUGCGGAUUGACCCUGUUUCUAACACCCACCCACUUCUGGUCUUUGUCAACCCUAAGAGUGGCGGGAAGCAGGGGGAGAGGGUGCUUUGGAAAUUCCAGUACCUACUAAACCCUCGACAGGUGUUCAACCUCCUAAAAGAUGGUCCUGAGCCAGGGCUCAGAUUCUUCAGAGAUGUUCCUGGUUACCGGAUUUUGGUGUGUGGUGGAGAUGGCACAGUAGGCUGGAUUCUAGAGACCAUAGACAAAGCCAACUUACCAGUUGUGCCCCCUGUUGCCGUGUUGCCCCUGGGCACUGGAAAUGAUCUGGCUCGUUGCCUAAGAUGGGGAGGAGGAUAUGAGGGACAGAAUUUGGGGAAGAUCCUCAAGGAUUUAGAGAUGAGUAAGGUGGUACAUAUGGAUCGGUGGUCCGUGGAGGUGAUACCUCAACAAACUGAAGAAAAGAGUGACCCAGUCCCCUUUCAAAUCAUCAAUAACUACUUCUCCAUUGGUGUGGAUGCCUCUAUUGCUCACCGAUUCCACAUCAUGCGAGAGAAAUAUCCUGAGAAGUUCAACAGCAGAAUGAAGAACAAGCUAUGGUAUUUCGAAUUCGCCACUUCUGAAUCCAUCUUCUCAACAUGCAAAAGGCUGGAGGAGUCUUUAACAGUUGAGAUCUGUGGGAAACCACUGGAUCUGAGCAACCUGUCCCUAGAAGGCAUUGCAGUGCUGAACAUCCCUAGCAUGCAUGGUGGUUCCAAUCUCUGGGGUGAUACGAAGAAACCCCAUGGAGAUAUCCAUGGGAUCAACCAGGCCUUGGGCGCUGCAGCUAAAGUCAUCACCGACCCUGAUAUCCUGAAAACCUGUGUACCAGACCUAAGCGACAAGCGGCUGGAAGUGGUAGGGCUGGAGGGUGCAAUUGAGAUGGGCCAGAUUUAUACCAAGCUCAAGAAUGCUGGACAUCGGCUGGCCAAGUGCUCUGAAAUCACCUUCCACACCACAAAAACCCUUCCCAUGCAAAUUGAUGGAGAACCCUGGAUGCAGACACCCUGUACAAUCAAGAUCACCCACAAGAACCAGAUGCCCAUGCUUGUGGGCCCACCCCCUCGCUCCUCCAAUUUCUUUGGCUUCUUGUGCUGAAGGGGACACCUCAGCCUCCAAGCCAGCCUUGAACCCACCUCUUCAUCCCUGGACUCUACUCCUAGGCUCUGUACAUUGCUGCCACACCCUCCUGCCAGCUCAGGAGAGUGUUCCUUCACCCUCAAAAUAUUUAUUAUCCUGCACCACUUCCACUAUUCGCCAUGCACAUAUGCGUGCACACACACACACACACACACCCCACUACCACCACCACAAACACAUACAUUGAAAGUGCCUCAUCUAAAUAAAAUGACUUUUUCCCCCCACUGGGAUAUCUGUUAAGUAAAUGGUACAC